AUGGAUCGCAGAAAAGAAGAAUUAGAAAAGAAGAGACAAAAAUUAGCUGAGCUUAGGCGUGCUCGAGAAGAAAGAAGAGCCCUGUUGGAAAGCCAGUCCACUCACUCCUCUUCGACGACGACGACGACGGGUUCUGCUGGACGAGAUAGAAAAGCUAUUGAUGAUCUUGUUGCUCUUGUUUUGGGUGAACGUCCAUCUACACCGAAUGCUACUACUGCUAGUGGUAGCGAUCGAGGCUCGGAUGCCGGUUCUGAAUUUUCUUCACGUCCAACUUCAGCUAAUUUUGGAUAUUCAUCUCCUGGAACGCCCAUCAGUGCAACCGAUGCAAGAUUAUCUAUGGUCUCAGCCGCUUCUCAACCCAUUCAGUCUACUACAGCGCCUCACUAUGUAGCCGAACUCACCGAAACACAGGCGUUUAUUGCAGAUAUUCCUCCACUUGAACGUGUUGUGUACAGUAAAGAAAUCCAAACGACAGAUGGAUCACUUGAAGCGCCUCAAGUGUCAGAAGAAGAAAUUCGUAAGCAGAUAACUGAAGAGUUUGAACAACGAGAGAAACAAAAGAUUGCACAGCUGGAAGAGGAAAUUAAAAGACUUGAACAGGAAAAGCAUGAAGAAAUCAAAGAAUUGACCGAAGAAGAGGCAAAGGUCAUUCAAAAAUCUCAAGAGUUUAUUGACUUUGUUGAUACUUCGACCAAAUUAGUUGAAAGAGCAUUGAAUGAAAAAUAUGACUUUAUGAAAGACUAUACCUUGGGCAUUGAUGUAGAACAAGAUGAGAAUUCUGGUAAACACGUCAAGUUUGUAUGUAAUUUCUGGGAUGAAAAAUGGUGCAAGAAUAGAUCUGUCACAGAUGUCAAUUGGUCUCUUAAAUAUCCUGAAUUGGUUGUAUCAUCCUAUAAUAAGAAUCCACUUGCACCCAAUGAGCCUGAUGGUAUUGCUCUUGUUUGGAACUUGCAUUUAUUGGACCGUCCUGAAUUUGUAUUUCACUCUCAGUCAGAUGUGUUGAGUGUCAUGUUUAGCAAAUUCCAUCCAAACUAUGUGAUCGGAGGUACCUAUUCGGGACAAAUUGUCCUUUGGGACACGCGUGCCAAAUCUUUGCCUGUCUUGAAGACUCCAUUAUCAGCUGGAGGACAUACCCAUCCUGUAUACUCGAUUGAGAUGGUUGGAACUCAAAAUGCUCACAACUUAAUAUCUGCAAGUACCGAUGGAUUUGUUUGUUCUUGGCAAUUGGAUAUGCUUGCUCAGCCUCAAGAUUAUUUGGAGUUACUUCAUUCUGCUCAUAACAAAACAGAUGAAGUCUCGACUACUUGCUUAGGAUUCCCCGAUAAUGAAACCACUGCUUUCUGGGCUGGUACGGAAGAAGGCAAUAUAUACCAAGCAAACAGAUAUGAUAGAGCUGGCAGUAAGGCAGGUAUAAACCAAUAUGACACUUACCGCGGUCAUCAUGGUAUGGUCACUGGUAUCGAUUUCCAUCCUCUGCAUGGUCCUGUCGACUUUUCCGACUUAUUUUUGACAUCUUCUGUAGAUUGGACUGUCAAACUUUGGAGAGCAAAGUCUAUAUCCAAAACGUCCACUCAAGCAUCUACCGUGACUCCAUUAUAUUCAUUUGAACAUUCUGAUGAUUAUAUUUAUGAUGUCAAGUGGUCACCCGUUCAUCCUGCCUUGUUUGGUACAGUCGACGGUACAGGGCAAUUUGACUUGUGGAAUCUGAAUGCAGAUACGGAGGAACCAUUUGUAAGCACACAAGUAGGAUCAGGAAAGGCUUUGAAUAAGCUUGCGUGGGACAAGGAAGGAAGAAAGACGGCUAUUGGUUCAAGCGAUGGUCAUGUCUAUGUCUACGAUGUUGGCGAGAUGGCAAACCCAAAGCCUGAAGAUUGGAGCUUAUUGCAAAAGAAUAUAACCGAAAUGAUCUCAAACCAAGAAAAUCCCCCAGCAAAAUAA